AUUAAAAAAAAAAUCAAUGAUUAUCAAGUUAUAUUAUUCCAUCUCGUUAGCUAUUUUAGCCAUCCUUGCAGGUCAACAUGCUGAUGCUGCUCCAGCCAAGUCAUCUACAGGAUUCCAUACUGUUACCCUUACUCUAAAUCCUCAAUAUCAAAGAAAUGCCACCAGAGCGGUCUCCAAAGUCCAUUCCAAGUAUAUGUCGUUGUUGAACCUGGUGCAACGUGAUCUUGAUUCAAGAAGUACUCAUCCAUCAAAAAAAACGGGUGAUGUAAUAAUGACCGAUUAUGAAGAUAUAGAAUAUUUUGGUACUGUCAAUGUUGGUACUCCAGGUCAACCUUUCAAGUUGAUUUUUGAUACUGGUUCAUCUGAUCUUUGGUUUCCAUCCAAUUUGUGCCUUCUCUGUGGAAAACAUGCUAGAUUCAAUCCAUCCAAGUCGUCUACUUAUUCAUCUGGCUUACUACCAUGGAUAAUCCAAUAUGGAGACGGUAGUUCAGCUACAGGAAUCAUUGGCAAGGAUAACGUUGAUAUUGGAGGUAUUGUUGUCAAGGAUCAAACCAUUCAAAUGGCUUUACAUGAAUCUUCCAGUUUUCAAACCGGUCCAAACGAUGGUCUUCUUGGUCUUGGAUUUAGUAGUCUUGCUACAGUGCCUGGUACCAUUACUCCUGUGGAUAAUAUGAUCAAACAAAAGUUGAUCAAAGAUCCUAUCUUUGGUGUUUAUUUGGGAAAACAAUCUGCACAUGGAGGUGGUGAAUAUACAUUUGGGGGAAUCAAUCCUGCUAGAUAUCAAGGAAAAUUGACUACUGUUCCAGUGGAUAACUCUCAAGGUUUCUGGGGUGUGGACGUUACAUCCAUGGUUACACUUGGAAAUUCAUCAUCAUCUGCCAAGACUCCCUUAACUGGCUCUUUCCAUGCAAUUAUUGAUACUGGUACCACUUUGGUAGUAUUACAAAAAAAUAUCGCAACCAAGGUAGCAGCUCAUUAUCAUGCUCAAGAAAAUAGUGAUGGUACAUAUACUAUUGAUUGUGAUGGUUCUAAACUCGAUCCUUUGGGUAUCACUCUGGGUGGCACUGUGUUUGAAAUUCCAGGGGAAGACUUGGUCUUUCAGAAGCAAGGAAGUAAAUGUAUUGCUGGGUUCGCCUAUGGUGACUUCUCCUUUUCUAUUCUAGGUGAUGUUUUCAUUAAGAAUAAUUAUGUUGCUUUUAAUCAAAAGGUGCCUCAAGUUCAGAUUGCACCUAUUAGACAUUAGAUAUACUUUUCUUUUAAAUAAAAAGUUUUUUUUUUCUUUUUUUUUUUCUUCUUCAGCUGUCAAAGCCAUUUUUGGUAUGAUCAUUUCACUGACCGCGGGGGAAGG